AUGUCCCGUCUUCGCGACCCAGCGGAAUAUGUAUCGAAAGCAAAACAUAGAUGGGCCGGUCACAUCAUGAGAAGAAUCGACUAUAGAUGGACUAAAAGAACGCUAGAGUGGAUCCCAAGGGACGCUAAACGCCCCCGAAGGAGACCGCCAACGAGAUGGAGUGACGUGUUCGCUGCACGGAUGGACCAGCUGAGAGCUCAGCUGGAUACGGCUCAAGGACCUCGUCAACGUCACUCACGAAGCUUGAGAACAUCUUGGAUGACAAUGACAAGGGAAUGA